GAAAACUCCGCUCUCGUCUCUUUAUUUUCUAUCUUUGUUCUCUUCUCCUAAUUUCAAAAGAGCCGUUAGAGAGAGACAGAUCGAGAAAGAACCAGAGAGAGAAACCUGAGAAAAUCGAAGAUGGCUACGAACAUUGGGAUGAUGGAUUCUGCAUAUUUCGUCGGGAGAUCGGAGAUUCUGGCUUGGAUUAACUCUACUCUCCAACUCAAUCUCUCCAAAGUCGAAGAGGCUUGUUCAGGCGCUGUUCAUUGUCAGCUGAUGGAUUCGGUGCAUCCUGGGACUGUUCCGAUGCACAAGGUUAACUUUGAUGCGAAGAGUGAAUAUGAGAUGAUUCAGAACUAUAAGGUUCUUCAGGAUGUGUUUAAUAAACUCAAGAUCACUAAGCACAUCGAAGUGAGCAAACUCGUUAAGGGAAGGCCAUUGGAUAACUUGGAGUUUAUGCAGUGGAUGAAAAAGUACUGUGAUUCUGUUAAUGGAGGCCAGCAUAAUUACCAUGCACUUGAGAGAAGGGAAGCCAGCAAAGGAGGUAAAGAAGCAACGAAGAGAGCUGCAGCUACACAACAAUCAGGCAAGAGUUCGUCUUCUUCAGCUCCACCUCGACCUUCAUCUUCAAAUGGAACCCGUAAGCAUGAGCCACAAUCCAACAACACCGGUACUCACCAUUCUUCAACUGGGAAUCACCACCACUCUUCAAAACCAUCAGCUAAACAAUCUAAACCAGUGCCUGCUUAUGAUGAAAAGAUCACAGAACUGAAACUUUACAUUGACAGCUUAGAGAAAGAGAGAGAUUUCUAUUUCUCUAAACUCAGAGAUGUAGAGAUUCUCUGUCAAAACCCAGACACAGAGCACUUACCUCUUGUUGGUUCCAUAAAAAGAAUCCUAUACGCAGCAGAUGGAGAAGACGUUGGAGCAGCAGAGACACAGACUUUGAGUCCCAUUGCUGAAGGAUCAGAAGAGAGAAGGAACAGUGUAACAGAGUCGCAGAAGAGGAAGCUCAUAGUGAAUCUCGACGUAGAUGUUGCAGCGAUUACAACACUCUCUCCAAGACAACGCCUUUCUGAUGCUUCUGAUGUCAAAUGCAGUGGUUCAUCUCCUCUCUUGACCUGCUGAAAUCAGAGUUAGCUAUAUAAUACUCUCUUAUGAAAACAUUCUCUCUCAGAGAAUCUGUUCUAUGUUUGAAAAAAAUUCCCUAUCCCUCCUUAUAAACAUACUCUACUAGUACUCUGUUGAAAAUAUCAUUGUUGUGAUGUUUUGUGGUCCUUAUGGUAUAAUAUGUUUUGCCCCUACAGUUUCACAUCUUAUUUGAUUAGUAGCAGUGCUGAAUAAUUAAACAUAAGUUUGUCCUAA